UGACAGGUCAGUGGACAGGUUGUUACUUUAACCCAGUUAAUACAUGGAAAAUAGAAUGUUUAAAAAUUGAUUUUUAACCACCUGUGAUCAUUGGUGUUUGGAUGAAGACAAUAUGUUUUUUUUUUCUCCAGGGUUUUGUUAAUGUAGUAUUUACAAGCCCAGAUAGCAGACACGGUUGUUAAGAGCAUGCAAAAUAUUAACCAUUUUACAUUUUCAUCUCAUUCAUUUUCCUUCCCUCCUCAUUAAAAUAAUGUCAGUUUCAUGGGCAGGUUUCUGUAAAAUGCAAAUUGCCUCAGCAGGCAGCCUGAGCAGAGCUAAAACCAAGUCAGAAGAGCAAGAUAAUGACCUUUAUUAUGAAAUGAUCUGAUAAACCCUAAACCUGCCACAACAGGCAGGGCAGCAGUUACACAUCUCACAACCCCUGCACUAAAAUCUCCCCUUUUUGUCCAAAUGAAGUUUCUGACAAUUAAGCAGUUUCUCUAUCCUGUUUUGCCCUGAUCUCUCCUCUGCAUUACGGGGGUCUCUUCCCGGCACCAACCUCUCCCACAGGCACUAGCUCAGUGUGAAGAUGGGUGACUGGAACUUCCUGGGAGGCAUCCUGGAGGAGGUGCACAUCCACUCCACCAUGGUGGGGAAGAUCUGGCUGACCAUCCUGUUCAUCUUCCGCAUGCUGGUGCUGGGCGUGGCCGCGGAGGACGUCUGGAACGACGAGCAGUCCGACUUCAUCUGCAACACGGAGCAGCCGGGCUGCCGGAAUGUCUGCUACGACUGCGCCUUCCCCAUCUCGCUCAUCCGCUACUGGGUACUGCAGGUCAUUUUCGUGUCCUCGCCGUCGCUGGUCUACAUGGGGCACGCCCUGUACCGGCUCCGCGCCCUGGAGAAGCAGCGGCAGCGCAGGAAGGCGGCUCUCCGCCGGGAGCUGGAGGCCACGGAAGCCGACGCGGCAGAGCCCCGUCGACGGCUGGAGCGCGAGCUGCGGCAGCUGGAGCAGAGCAAACUGAACAAGGCUCCCCUGCGGGGGGCGCUGCUCCGCACGUAUGUCGCACACAUCAUCGCACGCUCUGCCGUGGAGGUGUCCUUUAUGGCCGGACAGUAUCUUCUCUACGGCCUUCGGCUGGACCCGCUCUUCAAGUGCGAGCGUGAGCCCUGCCCCAAUACGGUGGACUGCUUCAUCUCCCGCCCCACCGAGAAAUCCGUCUUCAUGGUGUUCAUGCAGGGCAUCGCUGGCGUCUCGCUCUUCUUCAGCAUCCUGGAGGUGGUGCACCUGGGCUUCAAAACGCUGAAGAAGGGCAUCCUGGGAUACUACCCGCACCUGAAGGAUGAACUGGAGGAUUGCUACCUCGGUAAGUCGAAGAAGAACUCGCGGGUGAGCCAGGGCACCGCGACGGAGCACAAGGCCGCCGCCCUGCUGGCCCACGGGCGUUAUGACCUUCAGCACGAAAAGCAGGUGGAAAGCCAGCUGUACCCCGCGUUUAGCACCCCGUCCCCAGACUCCACUGGGGAGCCGGGUGCCAGGGGAACCGAGGAUGCUGAGGAGGAUCCUCCCAGCCCCAAGGGGUACAAAAAAAACUCCAACACCAGCAGCGAUACCCGCUCACCGCCAGCUGACGCUACGAUCCCACCACAGCAGGAGGAGCUCGAGGGCCUCCUGUACCCCACCCUUCCAGGGGACACUUUCCAUGCUUUGUCCUGCCCCACCCUGGUGGUGGGUGGGGUGAGAAGGCCGCGGCGGGUCAGCGCACCCUGGCACUGUUUCACGGUGGAGGAGGCAAAUGGAUCUGAUGCAGACACCCGGAGCGGUGAGGGGGGCGUGGCAAAGGCCCGUUUCCCAGGCGGUCGCAUCCACACCACUUCCAAAUCAGACCCCACCCACUCGACCCAAGUGUCCGGCUCCGAGUCCGAGCAGAGCCGCAGUGGAGAACUAGCGAAUAUCAGCAGGAGGCAAGCAGCUACCGACCUGCAGGUUUAGACCCGAGUGUCAGAGCCAUCCGGGGCCCAUCCCUCAGCAGCACGGCAAACCUUCAAUGGCCCCCAUAGCAAAAGGCUCUGAGGCCUGGGGCUGACCGAAUGCCCUGGAGUACACCAAUCCCUCAUGCACUUAAAUUCCCCAAAUUGAUGACCCGGCUCCCUUCUAGAACAGUCUGUGGACCAGGUAUGUGAAAAGGGAUGUUCUGAGGGUAUGUGGACAAUUGGAAGUACCCCUCAUUUGGAGGUUGUCUGCCUCUUUUCAAUAACCAACUAUAUUACCCCCCCUCCCCCACCACUGCCACCAGAUUUACUGAAGGAGAAGCCACCAGUAAGAUGUACUGAGGACCCCCCCCUCUCCUAUACUCAGCAAAAUUUACCCUAGGCCACGCCCACCCCAACCCCCAUCCGAGCACCUACCCUCCAAACAUCCGUGUACAUUACUGCUGUGCAUCCACACCAACAAAAUGUAUCCCUGGAAGCCAUUUCUGUGAGGGCAGCUAUGGACAGGUUCCACAUUAAACCGCGGUCACGUUUCCGUCGAUUGCUGGUCUUCCUCUUGGAUCCAUUUCUUCUGGGAGGAGUGACCUGGAUGACUGCUGAGAAUCAAAAAGGUGGCGCUGAUCCAGGUCAUAAUAAAGGUCCGCUGCCUCUGACCUGAAGAAUGGUGGGCACUUCUGCAAAUUUAUAAUUGGAAGAAGGCUGGGACUGUUGACAGGAUAAGGUUUUGCUGGUGGAAGACAUCUUGACAAAUCCUGCUUAAUAAGAGAAGCUACUAUUCUACAACCUACUCUUUUUAUGACUAACAUGAGUGGAGUUUCAAUGUUUGCAGAAACACAGUUGCAAAAAAACAGUCUGUUAAAGGCUACACCAUCCAAAGCAUCUUAAUUUUCCAGAACAGGACUAAUCCUCAGAUUUGCUGAGUGGAAAUGAUGUUCAAUUAAUAUACAGUUACGACAGGCAAUGAAAUAGAAUGACCCACAAUUCCAAAAACAGGCUUCACCAGCUGCAAGCACAGGCAUGCAGGGCUGCUAUGUUUAUCACCUUCUAAAAUCAGUUUCCUUUUAGCUCGUCAUGUCCUACCUUGAUCUGUAAACGGCAUGACAAUGCAGAGGAACAUCAGCCACCUCCCUGGAGGUGCUGCAUACAGCAGUGAUAUUCCACCAGACCAGGAGAGGGCAGAUGUAUUCCAACAAACACAAAUACAAGUAGUAUAAUGAAAUGGGUAAACUUUUAUCAACAGUUUUAAAGUUGUCAGGCUUGGACGGUAUUAAGGUAAUACAGCAUGCCUUGGAAUUUUUAAAUCCUUGUGCAAAAUUUAGACAGGGACACCUCCAGCCCCCCUCUGCAAAUUUUACUCACCAAGAUUUCAAAAUGCCGGAAUAGUGUUGCUUUUGAAAAUAAUGCAUACCUUGGCAUAAUGUCUGGACAGCAUGAAAAUUUAGAUAUGCAGGUACCUCCACACCUCCUCAUACAACUGCUCACCAUAAUUACUACUACUACUAC